UCCCUGGCCCCAUCGCCUUUGGGUCCAUGAUUGACAAAUCCUGCCUGCUCUGGCAGGACCAGUGCGGCGAGCAAGGCUCUUGCUACGUUUACCAGAACUCAGCCAUGAGCCGAUACACCCUCAUCGCUGGACUGGUCUACAAGGUGCUCGGGACAACCUUCUUCGUGGUAGCCUGUUUACUCUACAAACCCCCACCACCGGAGUCGGCGCCAGGCAGCUCGGAUGCAUCCGAAAGUGGCAAUGGUGACCUCCAGGAACACAAACCUUCGCUGCCGGCCGAAGAGGAUAUAUAGCUCCAUACAUGUGGAAGUGACUUUCUCAGUCCCAAAAAUACCAUGAGAAGACGUUAUGCAGUCCCUAGGGGGUUUUUAAAUUAAUAGUAAUAUUAUCACUUUUUUAGUUCAAGAGAAAUAAUUUAAUUAACCACUGGUGUGCUUGCUAUUUUCUUAACAGCAGAAGCACAUUUAAAAUUGUGUGCUGAUGCCAUAUGCAGCUAUUUAAUUUUAUUUAAAGAAAGGGCUACCGUAGCUUUAGUCUAUGUCUGUGGCAAGCAAGGACUGCGUUCUCCACUUGUGGAAAUAAGUACCGGUAACUCCAAUGGAGCCUGUGGGGUUUAAA